AUGUCUCGCUCUUCUUCCACGGUUCGGCCGUUGUCCCUUACCGAGGAGCUGGAGAAACUGGAGCAGUCUAUCACUCUUACACUGCAAGAAAUUGACCACAACUUCAGUCGAGCGCACCGGAUCGUAACUUCGAGUAUCCUGCCGAUCGUGGAGCAAUAUGCCGAGCAUUCAAACGCAGUCUGGGAAGGUUCUAAGUUCUGGAAGCAGUUCUUCGAAGCCAGCGCAAAUGUUUCUUUGUCCGGGGUAGAGGAGCGUGAUGUAGAGGAUGACGAUAUAUCAUUCACACAAUCGCACGAAGGCGCCAGCAUAUACUCCACGUCUGCUUCCUUGCUGGAGGAUGACACGGCUCAGCACCAAGGCGCAGCCCGCGAUCUCUACGACCAAACCGACGAUUCCCUUCUGGAUAACGCUGACAUCAGUGGAAGUACCCCACGAGCUCCCCCUCCCAAGAGUUCAUUCUCGGAUAAGCCCAAGUUCGCAGAGUAUCCCUCUCCUUAUGAGGAUUUGAAGCAGGAGCUGAAAGGCGGGCCAAGGCAUGGAAACGGGAACGAUACAGAAGCAGUGCCCGCAACCCCAAGUCAACAAACCAGGCUCCCAGACAUGUCAAUGACUCCAAUGUCAUCUCCAUUCGAUCCUACGUCCUAUCUUCAGCAAACCACCACAAAACAAAACCUCGACCCGCUAUUGCAUCGAGUGCUGGACAAGAAUUACCGCAUUCAAGCCACACCCCAUACUACUCGAAAAGAGCAGAAAACGCCUUCCAAAAAGCCUUCCUGGCGGGACAAUACCUCACCCAUGUCGUCGCCACCAGUUGCAGCGCCGCAACUGCAUGCAGAGAUCUUCGAAUCGCCUAUCAGAAAGCUAUACAGUAGACCCAACGCACCAAGAACGCCUGGUAUCAGUGUCCAGACUCCGGCAAGAGGAAAAGCCAGGGAUGCUCAUGUUAAACCGCCAAAGAAAGACGAGAUCAGCUGGGAGAGUGAUAGCGAUGAAGAUGCGGAAGGGGUCUACAGGGAGCUUGGAAUGAGUCCACCCAAAACCAUUCAGUUUUCCUUGCCACAAUCGAGGCUCCUUCAAACUCCUGCGCGGGAAGCCAGCAAGAGGAUUGUCGAGGACUUGCUCACGACUGCUGGUGCUGGACCAGAUGACACAUAUGGCACAGAUAGUCCAAGUAUAGUUGCUAUGAGAAAUGACCUCGACGAUAGUUUCUAG